GAGAAAGUAACUCUGUUGCAGCGGGAGAUCAAUGAAGCCGAGUGAAUGGGGGUUUAACGUGUAACUCCGUAGGCACAGAGGAGCGCCGGAUGCUGAAGGGGAAUACUUAUUUAUGAAACAGAUCUUGAGUUCUUCUUGACUUGCCAAUUCUCAGCCUCCUCAUGCCUCCAUCUCCUUUAGACGACAGGGUAGUAGUGGCACUUUCAAGGCCAGUAAGACCUCAGGAUCUCAGCCUUUGUUUAGACUCUAGCUACCUUGAAUCUGCUUCUUCUGCCAGUGAGAGUCACACAAGUCUCCUUGGCACAGCUGUUGUGUCCCUAAAGGCUGCUAAUCUCACGUAUAUGCCCUCAUCCAACGGCUCUGCACGCUCCCUGAGUUGUGGAUGCAGCAGCGCCAGUUGCUGCACUGUGGCAACUUACGACAAGGACAAUCAGGCCCAAACUCAAGCAAGCACCAGCAGCACUACCAACGUAGGAACCUCUACCACCUGCCCUGCUAACCAAAUGGUCAACAACAAUGAGAACACGGGCACAUUGAGUCCAUCGGGUGGAGUGGGGAGCCCGGCCUCAGGCACAACCAAGCAAGUAGCUAGCAUAAAAAUAAUCUAUCCUAAUGACCUGGCUAAAAAGAUGACCAAAUGCAACAAGAGCCACCAACAGAACCAAGGGCCUGUCAUCAUUGACUGCAGGCCAUUCAUGGAGUACAAUAAGAGUCACAUUCAAGGGGCUGUUCACAUUAACUGUUCUGACAAGAUCAGCAGGAGAAGGCUCCAGCAGGGCAAGAUCACUGUCUUGGACUUGAUCUCCUGCCGGGAAGGCAAGGACUCCUUCAAGAGGAUAUUUUCCAAAGAAAUUAUAGUUUAUGAUGAGAAUACCAAUGAGCCAAGCCGAGUAAUGCCUUCCCAGCCACUCCACGUAGUGCUGGAGUCACUCAAGCGAGAAGGCAAGGAACCUCUAGUUCUGAAAGGUGGACUCAGCAGUUUUAAACAGAACCAUGAAAACCUCUGUGAUAAUUCCCUCCAACUUCAGGAGUGCCCAGAAGGCGGAGGAGGUGCAUCUGCUGUGCCGACCACGCUACCUCAGUCCAUCCCUACCACUCCAGACAUAGAGAAUGCCGAGCUGACCCCCAUCUUGCCGUUCCUCUUCCUUGGAAAUGAGCACGAUGCUCAGGACUUGGAGAAGAUGCAGAGGAUGAACAUAGGAUACGUAAUCAACGUGACCACCCACCUCCCCCUCUACCAUUACGAGAAAGGCUUGUUCAACUACAAGCGGCUCCCUGCCACUGACAGCAACAAGCAGAAUCUCAGGCAGUACUUCGAAGAGGCUUUUGAAUUCAUUGAGGAAGCUCACCAGUGUGGAAAAGGCCUCCUUAUUCACUGCCAGGCCGGUGUGUCGCGCUCUGCCACCAUUGUCAUCGCUUACUUAAUGAAGCACACACGGAUGACCAUGACGGAUGCCUAUAAAUUUGUCAAAGGCAAACGACCAAUCAUUUCUCCUAAUCUUAACUUUAUGGGGCAGUUACUGGAGUUUGAAGAAGAUCUAAAUAAUGGCGUUACACCACGAAUUCUCACACCAAAGCUGAUUGGGGUGGAGACUGUAGUGUGAUGGUGAAGCUAAGAGGUGGCAUAUAAUGAAGAUUUUAUCAUAUUAUCAUAUUCUUCACUUGAUAUGGGGGGGAGGGGAAGGGUUGUGCUUUUAUUUUAUUUUUUUAUUUUUUUUAGUAAGGAAAUGUUUUUAAAACAAAUCCAAGAACUUCACUACGUUUGAUGGAAUGCCACUGAGAUUCCCUUCCUAGAAACUGACAAAGCAGGGAGGCUUCCAAACAAAAUGAGUAAUUUUUAAAAGCAACACAACAGGGGGGAAAAAACCUGUGCUUCUUUGUUUAUUUUAUUAUUUUUUUAGCCACUUGUAGAGUUUAUGGCUAAGUAGUCUGUGCAGGUUCAUAGACCGAAGAAAACUAUGUUUAAACACGCAAACAGCCAAAACAAAGCAGAAAAGACUUUCUGAAGCAUAUGGGCCUUGAUUCUGCAAAGGCUUUUGCUAAAGAUAAAGCAAAAUGCUCACCAGUGCAAAGGAAAUCAGAGCAGCUUAGAACGUCUGCAAGGCACUUUUCACACUCCUGAUAGAAACUAAAGAAAAAAACAUUUAUUUGGUGUGUUUCAUGUUCUGGUUCUAUUUUUCUAUUUUUGGGUGUAAAGAGGUUUUAACAGCAAGGGACUUUGACCAUUCUAUGCCAUAUGCCUUCACUGGCUUCUUGUGCAAUAAUAAUAAUUUGGGGGUUAUUUUGAGUGUGCAAACUGAUUACAGCUGACUGCCCACUAAUAAUAAUAAAAAAUUUAAAGUGUGACAGCAGCUGGCUUGGUUUAGAAGGAAUAAACAAAAGCAAUUAUAUUUUCCUUUUUAUUCGUUUCCUUUGAUUCUGGUUACAGUGCCAUAAACCUUGUUACAUAUGUAUAUCAGAAUGUAAAAAAUCAAAAACAAGCAAAGUUUAUUUAAGAUAUUUUUCGCACAAAAUACUGGUGUGUUUCUGUCUAUGUAAAAAAAAAUUUGAUUAUAAAAAUGAGAAAUUCUUUUGGAAAGUGUGUGUCUUAUUUCUUUAGUAAUUACGUUUUUCAUUUGCUUUAUAUGGGCUGGGUUUUUUUAAGUAUAGAACUGCUUUUGAUGAAACAGGUAUCCGUAGCCUUCCCCUUUUAUUUCCCUUCUCUCUUUUUCCCCCCCCCCCUUUCAGAAUUCAUCAAAUUGCUGGGUGGGCUAGAUGAACUAGAACAAUCAGUGAGGGCUUUUUGUGGAGGAGCUGUUGUCUCUGCAGUUUGGUAGCAAAGCACUCAUUUGGGAAACUGCAGGAUCAACUCUUCCCACUAAUUUCUUCCCUCCCCACCCCCUUGCUUAGUUUUAUUAUCUUCUGUGUUAUGCCCUUCUGUACAAUGUACUGUCCUCUGUUAAGAGGGAAUGGGAUCUAAUUUCACAAUUUUAAAAUCCAUGUUGGGUUUACUUCCCACUUUGCUGCAUUUAUUCCCCCUCCCACCCACACCGACCCUCUCAUUUCCUGGCGACAGCACAGUGUAAAAGUGUGGCGUGUAUUGCAGGUUCAGUGUUUAGCACUGAUUUCUUUCAUUAGAUGGUUACCCCUUUUUAAAAA